AUGAGCUUUUGGCAGCUCGAGAUGUACGGGACCCUCCUCGUUGGCCACAAGCCAUACUCAAUUAUGGACAAAGAAACGGAAGUGUACGUGAUUCCAUUUGCAAAUGAUUUCCAGAUGCUACGCCACAAACUGGGUCGCAGUGAUGUCGGGGCUGCCGUGAUCUCUCGCGAGCAUCUUGUGCAGCCCAUUUUUGGUCCGGGUCCAUGGUCUCAGCUGAGGCUCAAAGUGUCCCGCUUUCAAUGGAGCUCAGCGGACACCUUAGAUGUCAACCUAUCCGCGACAUUCUGUCUUCCUUUGACUCGACAGAACUCGUCGGGCCCCUUCAAAUGCCGGCCAUUCUCUUCACCCGGACAACUACCAACAUAUGUACCAGGUCCGUAUCAGAAAGCUGCGCCACAUCCAGUCCCAGCCCCCAUGCUUGCCUUUGAAAUCGUCCUGAAAGAUCUGGAGAAGGAUAAGGAUAAAGAUAAGAUCUACACCGUCUUCGCAUACACCGCACCGCUGCUCGCUCCGCGUCGUCAAGAUCAUACCGUGCCUUGGAAUGAGUGGGGGCGUCGCUCGACAUUCUGGUUCCCGGGGCGCUUCGAGAAGGCGAGCAUGCACGGCUACCAUGUGCUGUACAAGCAGGGAACCAAGACGGUGCUUCUGGACUUUACGCCUUCCGAGGUUGCAUGCCGACCGAGUCAGUACGGGCACGUCCAAACGCCCAGUGUGGAAAUUACUACGACGGCUGCAUUUGUCCGUAUUGAAUCUGACGGGCUGGAUUAUACGGAGUACAUUCUAGGUGAAAACAUCAUCGCUCUGAAGAAUACACAAGAUCUGCGCAACGAGGACGAUGCCUUCACCGUGCUCUUUCCUGCCGUGAAGAAGAAUGUCCAGUCAUCCAUAUCAUAUACUUCUUCUGCUGAGCGACAUUUAAUAGCGGUAGACUCAAAGCUGAGACAGCAACUUAAGUUGGCUGAGUCAAUACUGUCCUUGUCAAAAGGCGACAGACACCUUAGCUCACAAAUCAAGUGUUUUGGAAAGACAGUCAGGAGCAGCGGAUAUGGUAUAUACUUUUCCGUCUACAUCUCGCGGUUAACGAGUAAUUCACGUAAUCUCACGGCCAAGACCAUAGUUGGGUACACAUACGUGAGCAAGGCUGUGCGCUUUGUAACUGCCGUUCAAAUCGCUACUGAGAAGCGACCUACAAAAUUCACACCAUCCGCGCCUUUCGAGCUUUUGCAUGAUAGUGUAAGAGCCGCUAUUACGGAGCAACAGCACUACGUGUGUGCAUCUUUUGGAUAUGUCAAUGCUGCGGUAUUCAUUGUCAACACUGCUAUAUUUCCGUUGGUAGCCGCUCUGCGUGUACAUGCCGUUAGCGGAGGUAACUGGCGCUGCGUGAUGCUAGUCUGGCUUCUUGGUAUGGUACCCAUGGGUACUAACAUAUGGCUCCUAACACAAGAGACAUGGGUUGUCCAACCUCAACUUGGCUGCAUUGACACAGUGCUGACCUCCGAUACCAUAUAUAAUGUGUAUGCAUAUGUUACUAACCGUCUCAUCACCUACACACUAGUCAAUGUUUACAGGGGUGAGUUGUUCCUUUCUAUACGCCUAGAUGUCCUUGUUGAUAUCCCUGCUUCUGAUGUAGCGGUGAUCAUUACCCGUGUAUCGGCGGUCGUCUCGGACAUCCUCGUAGUUGCAGCAACAUGGUACUACAUCAGGCAUACAAGCUCUGUGAGAGAACAGCUGGUACAUGAUGUGUGGUCUGCAAGGCCUAAUCUCACAACCGUUAUGUUCCGUGACGGUACUUUGUGCUUCCUGUUAGUAGGGAAGUACAGUUUCUUGGGGAUAGUACUCAUUGCCAUUAUAGCACCAUCUCGCUACUUAACCUCAUUGACCUUGUUGUCAAUAUCAUUAGCAUCAACGAUGUCGAGCAUACUGGUCUCCCACUUCCUCAUAUGCGUCCGCGAAGCUGCAGAACGCUCAAUACAAGCAUUCAGUACACAAUCUUUAUCCUUUAUUAACUCACAAGGAAACUCUUCCCCGUCAUCGUGGCUCUCCAGUAAAGAGUUUGCUUCGGACAUCGUCAACCCCUCGACGGAAGGUAGUCAUGCGAAUAUGUUUGCCGAUCUCGAAGAUGAAUUGGAUCCAAGUAGCGAAGACGAAGUUAGAGAGGGGAGCAACGAUGGGAUAGAGUUGGAGGAAUUCACAGCCUCUGUCCACUCCGUAGAUGCACGCACAUCAUAA